CCUGCCAGGUGAAGUUUCUACCAUGGGCGCCAGUUAAAAACAUCCACGCCAAACUUUGCAAGGUUUCCUAAAUGUCAUUUUGUUUUCAUUUCACCUGGAGUUUCAUCAGUGAGAUAUUUUUUAACGAUAAAGAUUUUUUCCCAGCAUAAUUUUUUUUCAUGUCACUGAGUACAGUUGGCAGCGCGUGAGUGAUGCACUACAAAUAAGUUUUGGCGUGCGGAUGGAUGUUUUCUGCGUCGAAUCCCAAUGCCGGAGCAGUUCUCAGUGAACGCGACGGUUUGCCGCGCCUCCGGAAUGGUGUGCGUGCAGGAAGAAGGCAAGAUCUCCUUCACCGUGCAGAAUGCAUCCACGGACCUCCAGAACGCUGCUAGGGCGGUGAAAGUGGACGUGGCUCCCGGCAUGACAGUUCAGGAGGUGAUGCGGGAUGUGGGUCGCAAGUUCCACUACGAGCCCGAUUCCUUCGAGAUCGUUCUGCAGAAUCACGAACACCCAGAAGUCAGUGGCAUUAAUCUUAGUGAGCACCUUGAUGAGACAGUGGAGGCUGUGGAAUUUGACUUGCAGCAUCCGGAGCGCAGCAAGUUAGUUUUAACUAAUCUGGGGGUGAAGCAAGGAAGCGUGGAAAAACCCCCUCGCAAGGUAACGGGAACGUCGGAAGGUUCAGAAGACGACAUGCACCUGGGAGCGUCCGCCAGUCCCGACUACAUGAGCACGUCCACUCACCCCCCGGCGGCCAUCACGAGUGGCUCGGGAGGCAUCGGCUUCUCCUCGUGCUCAAACUCGUUCAUGAGGCAUGACACUGGAUUUGUCGGCUUGGUGAACCAGGCGAUGACCUGUUACCUGAACAGCUUGUUGCAAGCUCUCUACAUGACCCCCGAGUUCCGCAAUGCUCUCUACAAGUGGGAGUUUGAUGGCUCUGAACAGGAAGAGAGUAAAUCCAUCCCUUACCAACUUCAAAAAUUGUUCCUUAACUUACAGACGUCAACGAAGUCUGCUGUGGAGACGACAGAGCUGACACGUAGUUUUGGCUGGGACUCCAGCGAGGCGUGGCAGCAGCAUGACAUCCAGGAGCUGUGUCGAGUUAUGUUUGAUGCGCUGGAGCAUAAGUUCAAAAACACCAAGCAGUCCGACCUCAUACUCCGGCUGUAUGAAGGUAAAAUGACUGACUACGUGAAGUGCCUGUUGUGUGGUACGGAGAAGACCAGGGAAGAUACCUUCUUGGACAUCCCUUUGCCUGUCCGUCCCUUUGGAAGUUCUGUGGCGUACGGCAGUGUUGAAGAGGCUUUGCGGGCUUUUGUGCAGCCAGAAACUCUUGAUGGAAAUAACCAGUACUUCUGUGAGAAAUGCAACAAAAAAUGUGAUGCCCACAAAGGCCUAAAGUUUUCAAAGUUUCCGUAUCUACUCACGUUGCACUUGAAGCGAUUUGACUUUGACUACGCAACCCUGCAUAGGAUCAAACUUAACGACAAGGUGGUGUUCCCCGAUAUUCUGGACUUAAAUAGUUUUGUAGCAGUGCCCGACAGUGCACGAGAAGAGAACGAUGCAAUGUUGGAUGACUCUAUUGUAAAGAACGAUGAUAGCAGCACUACAGACAGUGGAUCAGCGUUAGAUGAUGAAAGCUGUCAAGGCACCGAAAUGACCACUAGCACGCAAGAGACAGAUUACCAGGAUGACGAUGAGGGAAUCGACAUGACAAAUGGUCGCAACCUGCAUGAAAAUGAGAAGAAUCGCAGGCACACCCUGGAAAGAGGGCCAUAUCUGUAUGAACUGUUCUCUAUCAUGAUCCACUCUGGCAGUGCCACUGGGGGGCAUUAUUAUGCCUAUAUCAAAGAUUUCAGCAGUCGUGAGUGGUUUUGCUUCAACGACCAAUCAGUUACUCGAAUAACGUACGACGACAUCAAGAAGACCUACGGCGGGGGGCCUAUGAGGGGCUACUACUCGGGUGCCUACAGCUCCAGUACAAAUGCCUACAUGUUGAUGUACAGACAGAUAGACAAGGAGCGCAACUGCGAGGCUAUGACUGUUGAAGAAUUCCCUCCUCACAUCAAGGUCUUACUGGAGAAGAUACAAGAGCGUGAAGAGAUGGACAAGAAGAUACGAGAGAAGGAGAUGGACAUGUGCAGGUUAAGGGUGUAUGUCCAUCAUCCCGUGCACAAACUGCAGGACACCAAGCUGUACUGCCCCAACAACAUGACCUUGACAGAUGCCACUCGCUCUGCGUGGGAGGCCUUUGCUCUGGAAAAUGUGGUCCCACUGGAGAGAUGUCGUCUAGUCAACUACGAUCAUCUGCAGGAUGCAAUCGAGUGCAGCUUCGAAGGGCGAGGAAAUGAGCCAAUUAAUGAUGUUGUCACUAGUAUGCGAAGCAACUACAUGCUUUUAGAGAUAAGGGCAGAAGACAAGGAAUUCGAAGUUUACCAGCCUGGAGGAGUUGUUGCCAAAGUGUUUGUGGUGGACAUUGAGACGGAAGAGGUGGAUGGCCCGUUCUCAGUUCGUGGUAACCUCAGUCAGACGGUUGGCGAGUUCAAGCAGACGCUGUUGAAGUCGUUGAGCCUGAACUGGGAUGCCAUGAACAUUGUGCUGGAGAAACAUUCUGGUGCACGACUUCUCCAGAAAGACCACAAAACAUUGAAGUUCGAGGGGUUCUACGGGAAGUCAAACAAAAUAUUUAUUUCUAGCAGAAUUGAUGAAGACUCGGAGAAGUCAUUUUACGUUUCCAAACUGCACUCCUUGAUCGACAGGUUCGAGCACAUCAUUACACUGCAUUUGGUUCUGCCAGACAUUGACAAAGAUACGCUGGAGAAGCUGUCCAUUCCGCUCCUGUCGCUGGACGUGAACCACAACAGCAGCGGCGAUGCUCCCCUCAGGGCCUGCGACGCGUGCGAGGGGGAGGAAGCCAUGAUAGUGGACAGCAGCCAGAGCCCGUGCCACCCAGCGCGGGACAGCUCCCCCCAGCUACCCGGGGAUGUGGAUGACGAGGGCAUAGGGGCGACGGGCCACAGCGACCAGAGUGCCAGCGAGGACAGCAGUCUGACGGACAGUGACCGGACGUUGGUUGGCGAUGCUCCAGACGAGUGUUUAGCUCAGUUAUCCAGCCCAAGUAAUUCCCCUCCAACAUCGGACCAACACGUGUCUUCACCAGAAGAUGGCAACACCAAUUCCUACCACUCAUUUGCCAAGAACGAAGUGCCGCUGCCGGAACCGACAGAAAACUGGGACAACGAUGCUGCAAAUCCUGUGGCCACCACAACGAAAUCUCCGUGCAGCUAUUAUUUCCGUGCACACCAGUAUUGUGACAACGACAGUCGCAGAAUGCUGAAGGUGCUGGUGGACAAGCGCUCGUGGAUGGGGCUGCUGAAGAAGAACGUGGAGCGGCACGUGGGAGUCCCGCAGGAGUACUUCAAGGUGUUCCGCGUGUACACCAGCCAGCAGGAGUUCGAGUGCAGCCGGCUGAACGAGCAGCUGUCCAGCUUCCACGACGACGAGCAGCUGCUGGUGCGGCUGGGCCGGGCGCUCAGGAAGGGCGAGCACCGCGGCAAGGUGUACCAGCUGCUCCCCAACGAACAGGAGCCCAUCAAAUUUUUGUGUGAUUGGGUCCUGGGAAAAGGAAUGACUGUUGCAGAUGUAAAACGAGAACUUUUGGAAGAACUUCAAAAAUAUUCUAUAGAUAUUCCUUUUGAAAGGUGCCGGCUGCGGAAGAAGAGCUGGAAGAACCCGGCGAAGGUGUACCUGGACGACCAGAGGUUCGACGACGACAUCACCCUGUUCCCCAACUGGGAGCUGUUCCUUCAGGAGCUGCCUGGACCAGAGCCGGUGACAAGCUCCACCCAGCUGGUGCUGUUCGUCCGGCGGUGGAGCCCGGCUGCCUUCCGACUGGAGCCCUUCCAGGAGGUGCUACUGGACUCCAGCCUGGUGGAAGAGUUCAAGGCCAAGUUGUCUGAGUUAAGCGGGAUACCGGCAGACAACAUUGAGAUCACCAAACCUCAAGGCUCAUUCCCCUGCGAAAUGUCCCUGUUGGGGAUACCUCAGCUAGAGUGGAACAACCAGACAACGAUGCUGGAUAGUUGGCCUUACAAUAUUUACGAGGAUGGAAAUGUGUUUUUCUACAGGGACAAUAGGGAGAAACCUAAACAACUCUCGAACGAUGAACGCAAAGAAAUAGCCAACAAGGAAGGUUUGCGUUCAAAAUUCAACACCAAAACGUCCACAUAUUCACCAAGAAAGGAACGUGCCCUCAAAAUCUAUGUGGACUCUUCACCGAAAAAAGUCGAGGACUUUGACUUAGACUGAGGUUUAUUGCAUCGCUAAACUGCCAUCUCGUAUCAUAUCGUUCAAACGUAACUAAAGCUCAGGUUGCAAAUGAGCUUGCUGAAAUGUAUUGUUUUGUUUUUAUACUCAACAUCGGGUAUGAAAAAUAGCUUGUUGAGUGAAAAAAUCAGUUAAGAGCAUUGCCCACACACGUUCAAUUGUUGAGAAUUCACGUACAUGUUUUUUAACUCAAGUGCCGUGUUGUUUUCGAUUUCUGUUACUGAGGUAUCUCAUCUAUCAUUUACUGAUGAAAAACCAAAUUGAAGUUAUAUUAGUUCCAUCAUUUAUUUUGCUUUUGUACUUCAAUUUUGCAUAUACUAAUAAUCACCAUUUUCAUUGUAAGUAUUUAGGAGGCAAAUUGUGGGAAAUCAGAAACUUCUUGAUGCUUAGCAGCUGGUAUUUUGAAAUGAGGUAAAUGGACCCUCUUAAGGUGCUAGUAAACAUGAUGAAACAGUUUUGUAACAAUUUUGACAGUUAACUGUGCCAUUGAUAUGGUAUAUUUACAGCUUUUCCCCCCCAAGGUUUUACCUGUCUGUUUGGUUUUUUUGACACUAAAAUAUUUUUGUUCAUUAAUUACAUCAAAUGCAAAUCACCUAUCCAAAGGGAAGACUGCUAAGUUCACCAUUAAUCUAUUACUGAUAUAGAUUUCCUUAUUAUUGUUUGUAACAUAUAAAAUAAAUAUAUUUCUUGUACAUAACUGCCUUAUUCUCGGCCUUGCUGGAAGUUCUAGUGCAUGGCAAAGAGUGCGUUUGCAUAAUUUUGUUCUUCAUGUGAUGUUUUCUAAUUGGACAGUAAAGGAUUUCUUUUUAGUUUUCACAGCACUGGGUUUGUCCAUGACAACAUUUGCUGUACCCAGAUAAAAAAUUCUUGUAUCAUAUGUCAAGGUAUUUAAAUUAUUGUCAAUAAAAAAAAUUGCUGAAAUCAA